AAACUCUGAAGGACAUUGUGCAACUUGCAAUAUGACUCGGGAAAAGUCCGAUUCUUAACCCCAGCGUUUGCGUCUUCUUACAAUCAUUAACUUGACAAGAGGAAGUCGGGCACCGCCGCGAGGUACAAAGAGAGCUGAAGAAAUCAAGGUGGAGAGAACGUCUUCGAUGGUUUUUAACGUGGAACGCACCAUGCAGGGUUCCGCUCUAUGGGCUGUGUGCAUUUUAGUCGGCAUCUUCAAUUUGGCAUGUGCAUUAAAGGAGAUUCGAUGGUGCAGUACUUCCAAUCUUGAGAUGAACAAGUGCAACCAUAUGAAGGAAGCUUUUGAAUCUGCUAAAAUACAUCCUUCAAUAUCCUGUGUUAUAGCAGCCUCAGCAUUGGACUGUGUGAAAAAGAUAGCGAACAAAGAAGCAGAUGCAGUGUCAUUGGAUGGUGAGACUUUCUAUCAAGCUGCAGAGCAGCAUAAGCUAAAGCCUGUUGUUGGUGAGAAAUAUGAUCAAGAAGUUGGAACUCUUUAUUAUGUAGUGGCUGUUGUCAGAAAAUCAAACACUUCAAUCACUAUCAACAAUCUGAAAAUGUUAAAAUCCUGCCACACUGGAUAUGAUAGAACAGCAGGAUGGAACGUUCCUAUUGGCUAUCUGAUUAACACCGGGAAAAUGCCUGUGAAAGGUUGUAACAUUCCACAAGCUGUGAGUGAGUUUUUCACUCAAAGUUGCAUCCCUGGAGCACAACAUGUAAAUUUUCCAUCAAACCUUUGCCAGUUGUGUAUCGGCGAUGAACAAAAUGAAAACAAAUGUGCGGACAAUGCUAGUGAGAGAUAUUUUAACGACAAUGGGGCAUUCAGGUGCCUAGCUGAACAAACAGGUGAUAUUGCCUUUGUUAAACAUUCUACUGUGCCGGAGAAUACAGAUGGAAAUAAUCCCAUGACAUGGGCAAAGGACCUUAAUUCGAGCGACUAUCAGCUUCUGUGUCGUGAUGGAAGCCGUGCUGAAGUAACAGAUUGGAAGGCGUGCCACCUUGCCAGAGUGCCUGCCCAUGCAGUUGUAGUGAGAUUGGAUACUGAUGGCACAGCUGUCUUCAGCACGCUGGAUGCUGCACAGAAAAAGUUUGGCAUUACUUCCGCUGGCUUUAAGGUGUUUGAUUCUGCUUUAUACGAUGGCAAAGAUUUGCUGUUCAAGGACUCCACCAAAGAAUUCGUGCUGAUCAAGAAUCAAACUUAUCAGGCCUGGCUGGGCUCAGAAUUUCUACAAUCCUUGAGUGGACUUGAAUGCUACAGUAUGCCCAACGUUCUGCGUUGGUGCACACAGUCCAGAGGCGAAUUGCUGAAAUGUAGCGAUAUGGCUGAAGCUUUCAAUAACAAAAACCUGUCACCGCCAAUUCAAUGUGUAUCAGGUGACAGUCCCAAUGACUGCAUGACAAAGAUCAAGAGUAAAGACAUUGAUGCAGUUACAUUGGAUGCCGGGCAAAUAUACACAGCUGGAAAGCUGUAUGGACUGGUGCCUGCUGCAGCUGAAAGUUAUACCAAUGAUAAUGAUGGAGCAUCAUAUUAUGCUGUGGCAGUAGUAAAAAAGUCAAGUCAUAAUGCCUUUACCAUCGAUCAGCUGAAAGGAAAGAAGUCCUGUCACACUGGGUUGUCCAGGACAGCUGGCUGGAACAUCCCCAUUGGUACCCUAAUUGAGAGAGGGGACAUCAAGUUCAACAAAUGUAAUAUUGGUAAAGCAGUCAGUGAGUUUUUUUCUGCGAGCUGUGUGCCAGGUGCCAAUCAGCCAGAUUACCCAUCAAGUCUUUGUCAAUUGUGCAUUGGAAAUGCCAAAGGGAAGUCAAAGUGCGUCUUCGGUGCAGAUGAACGAUACAGUGGCUAUACAGGAGCGUUCAGGUGUCUUGAAGAAGUAGGAGAUGUAGCAUUUGUUAAACACACAACUGUUUUCGCUAACACUGAUGGGAAUAAUCAGGAACCAUGGGCUGUGAAUCUAAAAUCCAGUGAUUACCAACUACUGUGCUUGAACGGUGCACGGGCAGAAGUGAAUCAGUGGAAGGACUGUAAUUUGGCUGUGGUUCCAUCUCAUGCAGUAAUGGUCCAUCCUUCCACGUCCAUUACUGCUGUAUUUGAUUUGCUUGAUAGAGGACAGGAAUUAUUUGGGAACGACACUAAUCCCAAUGGCUUUAAGAUGUUUAAUUCAUCAGCCUAUGGUGGAAAUGAUCUGCUCUUUAAAGAUUCUACUGUGAGAAUCAUUCCAGUUGGGGAGAAAACUACUUAUGAAGAUUGGCUUGGAAAAAGAUACCUGGAGGCAAUUAAAAGAAUUGAAUGUUCUGGUGCAAUGAUUCCAUCCACAAGGUCAUCAUUGUGUCUGCUCAUUUUAAUGUUACAUAGUUUCUUCUUAUAAUCACCAAGUCCAAGAUCUGCCACAUGACCCGUUUCAAAUCAGAGAUGUGCAGGCAAUUCAUCCUUGUUGAACCGAACUACUCGAGGAGAGGAACUGAAACAGAAACAAAAAAACUCUGCAUCAGACAAAAUGGAGUCCACAAUUUAAACUGAUACCAAGUAGCAACGAUACAAACAUUUAAAACAAUAAAGGUUGGUUAGUUUUCCUGAGCUUGGUAAUGUCACAACAGCUCAGAGAUGUCACAGAGGAGUUGAUUAAAGAAGAGUAAUUUGUAGAUUUAAACAUGUUAUUUGUGCAAGUGGUAGAACAAUGAUUUGGGGUUGAUUAUGACUGUUUAAAGAGGAGGUUAUUGUAUGUAGUAAUUUAUUAGUUGCAUUCAGUUUUUAUUACUUAUCAGCAGUGUUUCUGUAAAAACAGAUGCUACAUCAGUGUGUGUACAUUGCAUAUUAUUUACUGGUAUAAAAACUGUUUACAUUUAAUGGAACAACUUAUACAAAAGUGAUUUAUGUAGGAUGCAUUACAAUUUAGAUAUGGCCUAGACAGCAUUUUCAGUAGAAUCUGUCUGAAGCACUUCUGUUUAGGUAAAUGUAUCAGAGCAUAAACUUUACCUGUUACUUACCCUGUGCAUACCAUCUCUAAAGGCAAUAGCUAUAUAAUUGUCUUUGCAAUUGCUUGUCACACAACAGUAUCAUAUCUUCUCUUUCGAGUAGAAUUGCUCUCCCCAGCAGUCAUAGUUGCUUUAGUCAACUGUAGUCAGCUUCUAUCACUAAUAUUUAUUAGUUAAAUGCAAAAUUCCUGCAAACUUGUUUUAUCUUCACAGAAACUUUGGUAAAUACUCCCCAGAUACUAUUCAUUCUUUUUUUUUGGGAGGAGCAAAUUGUAGCUGACAUAGAAAUGGUGUCAGAAUGGUGUACAAUCAGGACCUGGGUAACGAAGGAGAUAGGCAUGGCUUGUUGCAGCUCUGAAAAAUGAAAAAAUAAAUUUGGAAGGAAUUGAAGAAAGGGCAAGGCAACAGGAUUAAGUGAAAAGCUACAGGCUGAAUGGUUUUCUUUGGUACUGUAAGAUCCAAUGAUGCACAACUUUUAGCUGUUCUGUUUAAAGCUGUUGUUUUCCAAAGGUCAUCUUUGAUUCACUCUUUCCAUAAGUAGAUGAACAAAUUUUGGCAUUCACUUGUGAAAAGUAACCAUCUCCUUCUUUCCUCAGUGGCAUUUUGAUGGCUUUCGACUAAAAAAUACAGAAUCCUGUCAUUUAGUUCUGAUACUUGGUUUUCAAUCCAGUCUCUUCUGAAUGUAAGAUCCUAAUAAAAUGAGCUUGGAUAAACUAAAUAGGGUCAGGACUCCACAGCACAGAACUGCGCAUAAAUUGGAUUGAAGUUGGCAGCUUGCUCAGAAUAUUCCCAAGAAUGCCUGGGAUAGGAAGUGACCAUGUACCAAGGGCUUCUCUGCAGAGGUUGGACGAAGGCUUAUUGCUGGAACAACGUAAAGGGAGUUCUGCUCUUUAAUCUGUACUGCCCGGUUAGUUUGAUGCAGGUACCAGUUAUUUUAAUGUGUAUGCCACAUAAUGUACAACUUGGAUGCUUUGCUAUCAGCCACAGUGUAUCCUCUGUGACUGAGUUCGAUUGAUCCUUUUAGUAAAACUAACAAAAAUAAUAUUCCUAACAUUAGCACUAACAUUUUUGUGGUUGUAAUAAUGUAAGAUAUUUAUUUCCCACCAGUGUGCUCUUCAGGUGACCAGGGAGAGUAGAUCAUUUACCACCUACAAGGUUAACACUUUGGCCAGCAUGUACUAUGGCCAUGCCAAAGUACAACAAACUUUCCAGAGAAUGUUGGUUUAUAAACAAUAACUUAAUAUCCCCUUUUGUUUGCAAGUUAAUAUUCUGUGGUAAAUUUUACAGUACUGAUAGGGAACCCAGUGAUGUCAUUUUCACAAGAACAUAUUGCAAAAAAGGCAACAAUGGCAGCCCUGGCCUGUAGAAGCACUUUUAAUAAAUACUUUAAAAUA